CUUUGAGCACUAGCGCUGUCUUUAGGAUAAGAUGUCAAUGUCAUUUAAAUGUCAUUCAUGAUUGUGAUAAUCAAUUGAUUUUCGUUAUUUUGUGAAUAUUAUAAUAUAAUUAAGGGAUUACUAGUUUCACGGAAGAUAUGUUUUGCAAGUCAUUGUAAAAUAAGUAAAACUCAAGAUGUCUUUAUACGAUGACUUAGAUACGAUAAAAACUCGAACUACAGAAAAAGUAGCGGCAUGGUCAUCUGGUAUCAAAUUGUUGCAAUCACAAUUACAACUGAAAAAAGCUGCUAUAACUCAGCCUAAAAGAGAAGCUUUACGGCGUUCUACUCAAGUUCUUACUCCAGUAAUUGACUUAAAAAGUAAACAAAAGGAUGAAGAUGAGUCCAAUUCAAAUAAUUCACAUAUGCAACCAAAGAACUACACACCUUUAAAUGUCACUGAUUUUGAUUGGAAUGUUGCAAAUGAGUAUGAUCCCAUGUGGCCAAAUGAUUAUGAAAAAGUGGCAAAGGAGAUACAAAAUAAAAGAUUACAACUUGAUGGGGGUGACAGAAUUGACAGAGCAGAUAGAAAGCGUAAAUCAAGAUUUGGUGAUGAUGAAGAAACCAUUCCGGAAAAGACACUAAUUCCUAUGCAACCAGAAGAAGAGGAGGCUGUGGAGAUAUGUAAGAGGGCAGCAGGUGCAGCAAUAGCCCCCCCACCAUCACUAACUGUUGAGACUGCAGCCCCAUCACCACCUUCUCCCUCCACACCCAUUGCCGCUCCUACAGGUGGCUUCUCUAUUGGUGGCUAUGGGGCCAGCUCAGUUGCUGCCAAAAUAAUGGCCAAAUAUGGGUUUAAGGAGGGUCAAGGUUUAGGGAAGAAGGAACAGGGUAUGUCUGUAGCUUUGCAAGUUGAGAAGACAUCAAAAAGAGGUGGUCGUAUCAUCCAUGAGAAAGAUGGAAGUACUAUGCCUCCCCCUGGCUUUACUAUGCCUCCACCCCCAGGACCAGAUUCACCCAAUGCUUCAUCGAAUUCACCUCAAAUGUUACUAAAAUCAGAGCCAUCAAUUACCGAGAUAAUGAAGUCACCAAGUAAAGUGGUGCUAUUACGAAAUAUGGUUGGACCUGGUGAUGUAGACGAAGAGCUCGAACCUGAAGUAAAAGAUGAAUGCAAUACAAAAUAUGGUGAUGUCAUAAAAGUUGUGAUUUUCGAAAUGCCCAACGCGCCUAAUGAUGAGGCAGUAAGAAUAUUCGUUGAAUUUAAAAGAAUCGAGAGUGCUAUAAAAGCUGUAGUAGACCUAAAUGGAAGAUUCUUUGGCGGAAGACAAGUCAAAGCGGGAUUCUAUGACAUGGAAAAGUUUAAUGUUUUACUACUUACAGAGUAACUAAGAUGAUAUAAUUGAAAUAAAUUAUAAAAUAAUUUUAGUCUUUAAUUUAAA